GUAAAUGUUGGAGAUGAUGUGUCAAUUGUCGCGAACUACACUGAGUAAUUUACCACAGACAGAGUAUUUUCGUAUACCUUCACUCAUGAGUAUAUUUGAAUUGUGCUGGAUUGAUACCUAUAUGUGUGAAUGUAUGUAAGUUUUUGCUACUCGUGAUGAGUUUCUGGAUUGGGUUCGAAAUGUAGUAAGGAAAUUCCGAAAUAAAGGAGGGCAACACCUUAUUUCCUUAAACUGCAAAAACUGCCUCACGUUGAAGCAACUGUUUUUGCAGAAUUUUUAAAUUUGCUGUUUUGUUUUUGGGUGAGCAGGCCAUCAUGUAUGUUCUUUGCUUUCGCAUGAGAUCAUUGGUGGAUAUUCCAAGGCUUAAGUUGCAACUUCUCAAUAUGCCCAUGGAGCCAAUCUGGAAACAUAAAUUGAGUCCCUUGAAGGUGUGUUUGCCUACGGUAGUAGAGGAAUUUCUUAGACAGGCAAAGGCUGCUCAACUUUUCAUGUCCUCCUCAGAGACAUUUGUUUUCAAUGAUUUGCUUGAGUCUGAUGAUCUUUCCAGAUCUUUUGGUGGGAUUGAUAGACUUGAUAUGUUUUUCCCAUUUGAUCCAUGUCUAUCGAAAAAGAGUGAAAGCUACAUAAGGCCACAUUUUGUCCGGUGGUCAAGAGUGAGAACUACAUAUGAUAGUGAUGACGAUGAAGAUGGCAGUGAAAUGUCACAUGAUGAUUUUGUUGACAGGAAUGCAAAGGAAUUGGAUAUGAUGGUGAGCGUUCAAGGACUUGCUUGAUUUUGACGCUGACUUGAACAAAAUGUCUAUUACGCCCAAGUUGUGCUAUAACAAAAUGAUAUUUGAUAUUGGAGCAAUUGUAACGUUUAUAUAGUUAGCAUUUUCUCCUUUUUUUUUCACUUUUUACUUUUUUUUCUUUCCUGUGUAAGUUAAUUGAAGCUGCCAACCUUGAUAUACUUGCUCCACCAACUCGCUAUCUU